AUGUACCCGCUACUCCGCAUUCGUGCAACCUCACGUCCAAUUCAUCUAAUCGAUAUGACGAUGGCAUCAAAAGCUAAAGAUACGACACGAACCACUUCCGCACGGCCUUGCUCUGCAGUGCACGUGGAGGAAAUUGACUCCUCAAUUUUCUUGUCUCCGCCAUCACGCAUCCAGAUGGCGCAGUCCACUGGAACCCAGCGCUUCCUUCAUGGCAAGCAAGCCAAACAGAGCGCGGAGCGAAUGAGAUCCAGCUGGAACAAGCCAGAGCAAGCUGCUAAAGGAAGAGAUCGUUCUCUGUCUCAUCGGCUUCAGCCUUCGUUCGGUCCAUCGGUUCCUUAA